AUGAAAAGGAUUUUGAAAAGCUGUGCCGAGUUUUCUUUUCAGCCUUAUGUAAGAAUAUAAUAAGCAGGUUUGCGGUGACUUUCCAAAAUACAAUAGGCACCUAAGCUUUCCAAAUAUAUAACCAGCCAGUGAACGCUGUAAAAUAUUUGUAUAGCUGAUUAGCACUAAGUAGAAGAGACACCUACUUUAAAGUAUCGCCCUGUAAGUGAACAAAGGAGAUUGGGGGCGGACAGAGAGAGAGAGAGAGUCCUUUUGUAUUUUUCCUCCUGCUCUCUCACCCUUGAUAGUAAACUUCCAAGGCAUUAAAGGUAGACUAAACAAGAGGCAGUAACAAUAGGUUUGCUUCUCCUGGUUUUUAACAUGCAAAUGCUUAAAUUGCAAAUCCCUGAACACCAUUCUAAUUAAUAAACAAACUCAAUGUGGAAUCUAUCUUCUUUCAUCUGAAUCAAUAAACAGAGAAGUCAUGAGAAAGGGACCUUUUCCCUUCAGGGAGCCUUUUCUUGUUAAUGUUGACUCAGAUUGUUAGUGCUUACACUUGUCCUUGUCCUUGUGUUAUUCUACUUCCUUUUUAACCACCCAACUUCAUCUCUGAAGAUCUUUGCAAAGUGGUUCUUCAUGCAUGACUUUCAUAUUUAUUUAUACCAGUAAUGAAUAUUAGCUGCCAAAGUAAGCUUUCUAAAUUGAAGUAACAUUUAAUUGCUACACCAGACAUUGAAAGAUGGAUGUCAAAUGUCACCUUAAUUCAUGUCAAAGCAUUUGUUGCAAUGUGCAUUUGAAAGAUACGCUUUGAAGAGACAGCCGAAUCUCAUCAUUUCUGAAAAUGUGAGUACAGUACUACCUGCUGUCAUGAGCAACGACCAAACUUGGCCAUAGAUGAGUUUGGCCUUUGGUUCUCAAACAGCAACCCCUUAUGCUAUGUAGCAAAGCAUGAGGGGUGGGGGAUUUCAAAAGAUGUUUACGAUUUAAAAAUAAAAUAAUGUAUUUUCUCAUUUUUACCCUGCUUUUUACAAAAACAAAAAAUCACCAGGCUGCUUAUAAGUGCCAUAUUUUUCCGUCUAUAAGAUGCCCCCUAUUUUUGAGGACUCCAGUUUAAGAAAAUGGGGGGAGAUCUAUCCAUGUAUAAGACGCUCCCAAAUUUUGGACAUUAUUUUUUAGGAAAAAGCCUAGUCUUAUACAUGGAAAAAUACAGUAAUUGCCACAAGAAACCUAACGUCAAGAAUAAAAUAGAAGCAAUAAAAAAGGAAUAAAACAGUUCAGCUUUAAAGACAACAGGCACAGAAAUCAAUUCUUAAAAGGCUUCUGGGGUAGAAGAAAAAACAUUUUCAAAACACCCUUAAAAGCAGACCAUAAGGAGGCUUGGCAGGUUUUCCCUGGAAGGGAAUUCUACAAUCCUGGUUAUGUUUAAAAAAGUGGGGCAUAACUUUGAUGCUUACCCAAUGAGUCUAGAGUUUAAAAAGAAACCAGAGGCUGAGAUGAUGAACUUACAACCUGGGUAGAUUUUAGGCAACAGGUUCAGAUAGAAUCAUAGAAUUGUGGAGGUGGAAGGGACAACGAGGGCCAUCAAGUCCAAUUCCUUGUAAUCCAGGAAUCAACUAAAUCAUGUGGUGUGCAAGUAUGAGAUACAGAGAGAGUAGAUAGAUAAACACACUCAAGACCACUGCACAUCUCAACUAGGCCGUUUAAAUCCCUGAGCAUUGCUUAAAUUUUAAAGCAAUCAGCAGGUGAUAAGCUGUAUGUUUGUGUAUUUUUGAAAGGAAUCUCAUGUCUUCUAUUUCCCAUGCUAAUUUUGAUUCAGCUUGUCUACCAAAACCAAGUAUAUUCAGUUUCCCCCCAGUUGACAUCAAUGCAAAACAAUUCCAGUUUUAAAUGAGAUUUGAGUUCAUUAUACCAUGGACAGUAGCUCAGGCAGUAAUGGAAACCUGUGGUUUGUUUAAAAUAAAAAAGGUAGCUUGACAUUUUUGCUUUUAAUGAGAGGUCAUGCAGAUUCUUUUUUCACCUAUUUGUGUGUCCCCUAAAACCAUCUCCAAUGACAGCAUGAAUCUAGAAACUCUGGAAUUUUGCAGAGGGCCAGAAUUCUUUUUGCUAAGGAAAUACAAUUCCCUUCACACAGUUGAUUUUGUAAAAACCAGCCAGGUCAAACCUGCAAACGUUUCUUCAUUGAAACGAACCCCCUGACAUGCCUGCGUUUGCAUGGGUGCAAGCAAUCGGGGGAUCUGCUCUGAAUGUUGUAGACAGAGCUGCAGCCUAUAUUAAAACACCAAUGAGCUAGGUCACCGUUAACUUUCUUCUGCAUCUCACCUAUGUAGCUAUUUGUCCUUAGAUUAUGUAGAAUAACGUGGAGGGAAAGGCUGAGGAUUGCACAGCUCUUCCAUAUUUGUCUUCCAGAAGCUCCCCCUAAAUGAAAAAGCGAGACACUAUGGUUGGAUAUUGUGUUUACAUAUAACAGAACUCAUCAAUAUCCACAAAAUUGCCAUCUGGCGCUGUAUUCGGCUUAAGGUAUCCAUUGAUAUACUGAGGAGAGAAUCCACUGGAGGACUGAAAGAAAGCCACAACAUACAAUGUUCUUCUACAACGUCCGUGAUGUUCUUUUAUGCUCCUCAGGAAGGCAGAUUCAACAUGUCCAAAGAAGGGUUGGCAGGGACAAGGUAAUGGGACGGCUAAAGAGAAACAUGGUUGAAAGUGCGAAUGAAGGUUCAUAAACUAGGAAAGCAGCACAUGCAUGCUGCACAUAGGGAGCAGAGAUCAAAUGUGGAAAUGAGCUAAAGGGUGCAGAAUAUAUUGCCUUUUUUUGGCUCUUGAAAGCUUAGGACUCCGAAGGUCUUCUAUAUUCCGUGUGUACCUGCCCAAACCUGAUGAUAUCACUAGAUACAUUCCUUCAAGUCGUUCCGCUUUGUGAAGUCAGAUGGGCAAUAACUAGAGGGAGAGGCACAGUGUACGUGGAACGCCUUCCCCAGGGGAGUUGUGGUUGAUGCCAAACCUGAUGUCUUCUCAGCACCAGGCAAAGAGCUUUUUAUUUGACUGGGCUUUCCAUGACGCACCCUGACGCAUACUUAAAAUGGUGCUUUUUCUGAUUCUAUGGAAUUUAUUUCUCUGCUAUGUUUCUGUUAUUCAACUGGUUUCUCUUAUAGUUGACAGUGUUUUUAUUGCUUUCAUGCCAAGCUCUUAUGCUGAGAGUUCUGUAAACUAAAGAGCGGCAUGUAAAUGUUUAAAAUGAAUUUAAUAAAUACUUAUUAUCGGUGUCCUUACUCUUAAGAAGGGCUGUUUUGCAGCUUACUGGAAAGUCCUGAGCAGUAAAGGCACAAAUGAGUCACACAUCUCUUGCUUGUGCUUCCAGGUUAAUACGGGAAGAAAUCGUGCAUCGUAUUUGCAGGCAGAUUCACUGGAGAGUGAUCCCAGGCGCCAUUUCAGAUUUCAUUGAGUGACAGGUAAAAGGCUUAUUAAAGAUUAAAGAUCUGCUGUUAGAUCUAUUCAAAUAAAAAUGGGCAGAGCACUCUUACCGGAUCAGGGAAGCUGCUGGGGCAGAUGAACUACUAAAUCCAAAGCCCUUCUAGACUCAAAACUGGAGGGAGCAGUUCCCACCCCCAUUUCCCUGUUUUGGGACAUAACACAAUUUCCCUUCCACUUUGGUCACAACAGGAUGGAAAAUCAACAUGCCAGGGCUAGUACUACCCCUGCCCCCAAGUGUGUGGUUGUGUCAGGAUCCUGAUCUGUACCACCCUGGCAUGGCACCCACUUUUUUCAUUGGCAGGGGUAACCCAGAAGUGUGUCCCCCCCGGCCCCUGCUGGCUGGGAAAGGGAUUCCAAGGGCAGAUUUCCCUCUCUGAGGCCAGACUUUUUCUCCUGCAGCCUCUGAGACAAUAGGCUUGUGCCCUAAAUUGCAAAAGGAAGAGAAUGCCAGUGCGAGGGAUCAAAUGCUGUGGCUGGUGCCAUCAUGCCUUAUGAGCAACAGUGUACAUUUCAAUGAAACACAACGAGAAAAAAUAAAAUAGAAUAGAAUACAAUUUAAGAGAAUGGUGGCAGGGGUGUUUUAAAAUACCUCGGUAAGAAUGAUCGCAAACAACCUGUGCCUUUGAUAGGAAUAUCUGGCAUGAGGACUACAUAACCCAGUGGUUGCCAGUGUGGUGCCUUCUGAACGUUGUUGCCCCAACUCCCAUCUUCCCUGACUGGCUGGGGCUGAUGGGAGUCAGAGUCCAGUAUGUUGCAGAACCAGUGAAAUGGCUAGAAACAGAGGCGCUUCCGAAGAAUGGAAGGCAGAACAUAGGAAGGUGCCUUACACUGAGUGCCUCUCCAGCAUUUCAGACAGGGGCCUCUCCCAUCCCUACCUGGAGAUGCUGGCGAUUGAACUUAGAAAUUUCUGCAUGCAUUUCAAGGGGACAUGAAGGGUUUCAGACAGGGGACAUCGCCAGUCCUACCCAAAGAGGCUGGAUAUUGAACCCGGGACUCUCUGCAUAUAUAUCAGGAGUUCUGCCCCUACACUUUGGUCCUUCUCUUCUCCUCCAGAGGAGACUGACAACAGCAACAGGGACGUGCUGAGGAGGGCAAUGGGAAACCCCCUUUGCCAGCCUCCCUGGUUAGUGCUGUUCCUACUGGUCUGGACGACACUGCAGAAAUCUGUAUGUGCUGACACAGAGAGAAGCAAACGUUGGUACUUUCCAUGGUAAAUUCCUUCUCUGUGUAACUAGAAAUAUACAGCAAAUUAAUUGUCACAAAGAGCAUCAGAGAAUAUUCAAAAUCACACCACAUAGUUUAUCAGCACCCAAAUAGCUAUCAUUAGAGUGUCUUUUCAGGCCAUUGAUCUGCAUGUGAUCGAAUGUUAUAUGAAAGCAAAAAACGGGAACACACAGAGCGCAUUGUAAAAAAGCAAGCUUUGCUGAAGAAAGGAAGGAGGGGGAAGGAAAUGUUAUGUAAUUCAGGCCUCAAGCUACAAACCAUAGCAAAAAUCAGGCAAGGAACUGACUUGCGUGCAUAAUAAUACUCUAGCAGCGUACCGACCGGAGAAAUUAUGAUCAUUCGUGAAGGAAAUGUAGAGCACUGCAUCAAGGCAUUAUAUGUGAAUACAAAGGAUCCAUCACUUUUAAAAGCUUAUUCCUUUAGGCAUGGUGUGCUUCUUAUUUAAAUGCUGCUGUUUAAAGCAUUUCUACAUAUGUGCUUCAAAACUCUAUUAGAUAAAACCCACCCAUCCAGCUGCUGAUGGUCUAGCUUUCCAGUAGGUGCACCUAAGGGCUUCUUGGAAAAGUCCCCUUCUCCCCCUGCCCCUCCCCAAUGGAACACAUCUUUUCCUCACUAUUAAAUGCACUGUUGUUUUGUUUUUAAAAAACGUUGCUCAGUUUAAUCUCAUUUCAGAUAACCACAUUCAGAUUCCUUGACUUGGGAAGCUGUUCUUAGUGAUAGCUAGUUCACACUCUAGAAGGUAUCUGACAUCUAUAGCAUUUAGUGGCAGAAAUUAAAUGCUGGGAAGUCUGAAACACGGAUGUAUUCUUGCAAACAUGCAGUGGUCACACAUCAGAGAACUGUAGCCAAACUGAACUCCCCAACACAUGUGCACCUCAUGUCCCUAUGUGUUUACCAAAACAUACCAUAUUCACACAAUAUGAUGCUCACAGCUGCAACUACCCCUAUGUACAGGGCAAACGCGCCUGCAAUAUAAAACGUGAAUUUAAGAGGCAGCAUCUAUGAUUCUGCGAUCUGCAUUACAGACAUAAACUGCUACAGGAACCCCUGUUAGGAUGCUCAGAGCUUUAUCUCUCAGCAUACAAGGCUGUUUUAAGGAUGAAAGGGACGGCUAUAGACGUUUACUGAAGCUUUAUCCUCACUCCAUGCAUUUAAUUGAUAGUUGUGUUUUUACCGUUGCAAUUAUUAGCAGGGCUGUAAAAAUCUGGGCACCCAGACACUACUGGCACCCCAAAAUGCCAGUCCUGCUGACUGAGCUGCUGAAGAGGGCAGGACAUGAGUUGUUCUACCUUCUGUGUGACCUGGUCACUUUUUUAUUUUACUUCCUUAGCUCCUCCCCAAAAUCAGCUGUCAUUUGCUGGAGGGAGGGCCAUGGUCCUAGGUAGGCUUUAGCCUCUGGAAGAAAGGAAAGGGAUGGGAUGGAGAACAGAACGGGAUUUGUCCUCUCGCUGGUGACCUCUCUUCUGCUCCUCCAUUCUCCUGUCCAAAUUCUGUUGUUAUUAUUAUUAUUAUUAUUAUAUCAGUUCCUAGGUUUUGCAGUUGCUGUUGUUUCACUCCAACUCCCAUCAGCCCCCGUGAGCUUUGUCAAUGGGCAGGGACAACGGGCGUUGAAGUGCAGCAACAUCUGGAGGGCCACGAGUUCCCUGUCCCUGUUUCAGAGAUUUCGGCCAAAUAUUUUUAGUCACUCAAGAAACAUCCCAACCCUCCUAGCAGUCAGUCUGAUCGUGUAAUGGGAAACUUUGUAUAAUAAAUGCUUUGUGACCUGGCUUAUUUUCCCAAGUUCACCGUGAUCCCAAUGCUAAUGCUCCUCUGAGCUCGUUCUAAGGACAUUGUACUGUAAAUAUUUUGAAGCGCGAUGUAUUAAUUUGAUGCUGGCUGUGAGAUCUUGGGACUAGCAGAACAGGAAUGAAUGCUCUUGCUGAAGGAGGGCAGGAAUGGCAACUGUUUUGCAGACAGAAAUCUCACUGGGUGAUUUAUUAAUUCCUCUUCGCUCAGUCAGGCCGUAAUCCUUGCACUGUGCUGGCCUUUCCCAGUAUAGUUGAAGUGGCAUGGGAUGCUGGUUUACAGCAGCCUCUCCCCGAGGGAAGGAAAAACCUGAGCAUUUUGCAAAUGUUCCAAGUGACUAUUUGCUAUUUGCUAAGUCUGCUACCUCCUUCCCUUGCCCCAAGCCCUGCUCCUAGAAGGCAGCAUUCCCCAGCCUGCUGGGGGCUAGAGUGGGACUAGUAUCCCCAGCAACCUGGACAGGAAAAAUUAUGCACUAUGUGCAAUUUCUGCUGAGCUGGCCCUUGGGGUCCUUCCGUGAGAAUCACGCAGAGCAUCAUUUUCCCACCUGAGGUACUAGGAUUUGUUAGUCCAGUUCAGUGUUCAGCAUGAAAAAUGAUCAUCUGCUACAGUGAGUUACCACCACAACCUCCUCUGCCUUCCUUCUGGCACAUGGCAAACCUCUGGGAUGCCUUGGAGAAGGAGGAGGUUGGAGCCACGGUGACUUGCAGGGUUGGAGUGAGCACAGCCUGAUCCUGUUCAUAAGUACAGGAUUGUUCACAACAACCCUAGUUUUUGUGUGUUUGUUGGGGGUGUAUGUGUUGAAAAUUGCAUCCCCAACCUGUAAUCUGCACGGUCCAUACAGUGGUACCUCAGGUAACAUACGCUUCAGGUUACAUAUGCUUCAGGUUAAAGACUCCGCUAACCCAGAAAUAGUGCUUCAGGUUAAGAACUUUGCUUCAGGAUCAGUGGCGUAGCGUGGGGGGUGCAGGGGGGGCCAGCUGCACCGGGCGCAACAUCUGGGGGUUAGGGUUAGGGGGCGCAAAUCCACGGUUUAGGGGGCGCAAAUUACUUGCCUUGCCCCGGGUGCUGACAACCCACGCUACGCCACUGUUCAGGAUGAGAACAGAAAUCGGGCUCCGGCGGCGCGGCAGCAGCAGGAGGCCCCAUUGGCUAAAGUGGUGCUUCAUGUUAAGAACAGUUUCAGGUUAAGUACGGACCUCCGGAACGAAUUAAGUACUUAACCUGAGGUACCACUGUAUUGCCAUUCCAGAAUUCUGCCCCUUCAUUCCACUGUGUGUGUAGACCAGGCCUAUAUGGGAAUGUAAGAAUCUUGCUAGAUUAGAUCAAAGGCCUUUCUAGUUCAGCGUCUAGUAUAAAAUCAUGCAUGGUGUGCAGAUGGGUUUCUUCAUCUCUCAUAAUAUUAGAACUCAGGGCGCUCUUCCCAUGAAGGUGAAUGUGGGAAGAUUCAGGACAGACAAAGGAAAGUAUUUCACCCAGAAUUCUCUUUCUACAAGAGGCAUUGGUGGCCAUCAAUGUGGACAGAAGACAAAGAGACAAAUUCAUGGAGGAUAUGCUGGGUGGAGCUAAUGGGACUUGUAGUCCAAUGUCUGGCGCGCAUAAUGUUGACUUUCCCUGCAGUGCGCAAAUAUUAUGGAAAUUCAUGUCCUUUUGUGGGGGGGCAGGGAAUGUGUGUGGGGUUUUUUUUUUGGUAAUGUGUAAGCAGCCCCCCUACCUGAGGCCCUGUCUUUCUGCAUGUUGAUGAAAUCAAACACUCAGGAGAUUGGCUCGGAACAUUUACCUUUGUGCAAAGAAAGACCACGAACCAUCUCACUUUACAAAUUUCUUUUCAACAAGUGACGUUUUCCAACACAAAUGGGGAGGGAGGCAUCUGAGAAGAACGAAUGCUGUUCCCAGCAAAGUUGAACUAAGUCCAGAAGAAAACAAACAUUUCUGCUCCAAUAUCAGGACUUAGUUUGUGUGUAUUUUUAAAAGGAUUUAGGAUUCGGUCUGCUUCUCACUGAAGGUAUUGGGAAAAUGCCCAAUUGAUCUUAAUGGAGAUGGAUUACAUCCUUGGACCCCGAUCCAACUGCGCACAUGCAACCAGUGCCAGCUUAGGGCAUUUUUCUGCAUGAGGCGGAGCCCAAAUGGUGCCACCCUGCUAUGAUGAUAAAAGUCUUGCUGCACCAUUCAGACACUUAAUUCCUGCCUUCAUUCAUCUCCCCUUCAUGGUACUGUCUAAAGCUGGUCACUUCACCCUCCUGUAUAGCGGUGCCAACCCUGGCUCCUCACCUUUUAAGAGCCCAUGGGCACAUUCAAAAGCCUGCAGAAAAAACCAUUGAGGGCAUUUCCCAGAAGUAAAACUGGCAGUGCUUAGACACCCACCCCCCAACAGGCAAAACACAUGCACACACCCCAACAACUAAGCAAAAAGAUAAGAAUAGGAGGCAACCCCCCCUUAUAAAAAAAAAAGGCAACCCCCCACCUGGGCAAACUCUGCCUUUCAAAACAUUAAAAACAGGGACGGGGGCUUUGGAUGCCAUGGUGUCUAUGAGCACCAUGUUGGAGACCGCAGGCAUACACAGUCCCCAUGGCUGGAUUGGACCUGGCAGUUGUGUGUACAGCACCUGUCUUAAUCCAGUUAGGUAUACAUGCAUAGAAGCAAGAAAGAAGCACUCCCUUGCUGGUGCGAGGAAGUAUCUUCUAAGGUUGUUCCACUAUUUUCAGAAUACAGUAAAUGCAGAAGAAUGGGUGACCUCACAGAGUAAAUAUUCUUUAGUAUAAGUUAAGAAUGCUGAAGUCCUGGCUGAGCAGCUGGCAGUGACCUCCAUCAGCAAGUUCCCCCUUUUUUUGGCAGCAGUUCCUUCCUUUUGCUGCAGAAGAGCUUAAAAGUUUCCUUGGAUUCCUCAGUGACAUGCAGGCAAAUCCAGCAGCGGAGAACAGCUGCAAAACAGGCAGCAAAUUCAGAAGAAGCUGAAAAUUGAUUUAAGGGGGAGCAUUAAGGACAAAGCAAGAGCCUUUCAUGACUCCCCCCCCCCCAAUUCUUUGUUAACACAUUGCUUUCUCGAAAGAUAAAGCAUAAAGCUAUUUUCUUCCUUCGGACUGACCAAAAUGCAGUUAAUUUUAGGACUGCGUAGGGUUUUCAUCGCUGAUUUUGGAGAUAACAGAAUGGGCAGAUAAGUACAAUUGGUAAAGAAGUGGAUCAUUAGAAUGCUUGCUGUUUUGCAUCUCAACUGAAAAUAAAGACCGGUUUUCCUAUUUGGAGUAUCUUGCAAGGUGUUCUGAAGGUGUUCUCCACUUCUUCUUGAGGACAAUAGACAUUUUACACAACCGUUUUAAUCGUUUAGUCCUUUUCAUAGUACCUACAGGUGUGUUUGGUGCUUUUGACAAAUGAUGCAAUAUGCCCGUUCCUGUCCAUGGUAGCUUGCAAAAAGAGAUGGAACAGGGAUGGGGGGAUAGGACAGGUGGGAGGGAAGGAACAGAGCAAAUAAUUAUAGUUCCAAAUUUACAUUUGAAAUGGAAGCACAAUAGUAAGUUGCAGGAUAUAUUAUUGAGUUAUAUGUUAAACUAUAAUGGAUGAAGAGGGAGAAGAUUUAGGUGGAAAAGGGAAGCAAAAAGAUGCACAUUUUUUUCUACGCUUCUUAAAGAGAGGAAGAAUGACAAAUGUAUCCAGGAAGACCAUUCCAGACGUAGGGAAAAGGAAGAGAUAACGGACAGCAAAUCAAAGGAGAAUGGUCAGGAGGAGACAAACUGUUGAACGCCUCAAAAACUAAAACUAAAACUAAAAGCAGAAUAUGAAGGGGGAAAUUAAAGAUCCAGUUAAGAGGUCAAAAGAGAAAAGUAAUAUGAUCAUAAUGAAUUCCAGAGGGGUAGCUGUGUUAAGCUGUUGGUAGCAAAUAAAUAAAUAAAAGCCCCACAACACUGUUUUUUAUAUUGUGGCAUAAGCUUUUGUGGACUGAAGAGUGGGGCCAUGAAAUGCACAGGAAAUCAGCAAGUCUGUCAGAGCCCAAUGUGUGACAUAAGUUUUUCUUGCAAGGCUAAUUUAGCACCUAAGGCGAGACAAUACUUUCAAAGUGCUUAUGUAGUGUUCUAGUCUUGACUGGAAACAAAUUUGUUGAUUAAAUUUUAGUCCAGUGUGAAAUUGCAGCACCACUGUUUGCAAUACAUUUCCUCUGCCCCCAUGCCCCCCCUCGUGUGUGUAUAAUAUACCUGCCAACAGAGAUGUCUAUGAAAGCCUAUUCCAAAAUAAAUAUGAUCCAGCAUAGUCCUGUGGGUGUUUGCUCAAAAGUAAGUCCCACUGCAUAGGAUUGUUCCCUUCAUGUGUAAGGUAGAAUGUUAGUUUGAUCAGAACCAUUGGUGAGCUGGACCAAGGUGGCAGAAUUCUGGGAUGAGAACAAAGGUUUAAGGCAAGCCAACAGCAUCUCUCAAACAUGGCAAUAAGAUAAAAAAAGAUUAAGGACUGAGCCAAUAUCUGUGGACUAGAAGCAGAAAGAAAAAGGUAAAUAGUAGGCUUUCUGAAAGCUACGACAACCUUGUCCUGGAAAAGGUAAGAAGAAAGGAGGACGCUGAGUUUGAGAAAUACAUUAUCUAUGUUUCCCAGACACCAGGUUGUCCAGUUCCUGCAUCUGCAAGUUGCUGCAAAUUUGUUAAAGUGAUAACGCUGAAUGCGGACACACCUCCUGCCUCAACUGACACAGUUACACAGAGCUGUAUGUUAUCUGCUGUCCAUUAAGUACCUUAGAUUGCCCCACCCACUGUUGCCGUUGGUGUAUUUUGAGCAAUAAGGAAAGUCUACAACACCACUUUGUUUUUGGUUUUAGCAAUGCAGUUUACAAAGCAGGAGUGGGAAGCUAUGGCCCUCCAGAUCUUGUUGGAAUCCGAUUCCUAUCAUGCCCAAGCCAUUGGCCCCACUGCCUGGUGCUGAUGGCAAUUGCAGUUCAACACCUGGUGAGCCACAGGUUUCUCCCCACCACUGUCAACCUGCUAUAAAGCGUCCCACUGUUUUCAGUUCUUGGCUGCAUGGACCAAUGGACCUGGCAGUAUUAGCAUUGUAUACAGUCAGACCAUGGGUCCAUCUUCUGAUCUUCUGUGUUGCUGCUUCUGUCCAGCAGCAGCUCUUCAAACAUAGACAGGGAUCCUUCCAGCCUCACUACCUUAGAAGGAGAUGUGAGGAACUAAACCUGGAACUUGGUGCAUGUAAAGCAUGUCCUCUAAUGCUGAGCUGCAGGUCCUUCCCCAAUAAAACAAUCCUGGCCUCUCUGCUCUUCACGUCCCGACUUUGCAAGGCUGGUUUCGUGUUUACAGAGCUAUAUGGACAAGACAAGGGAAAGAACAUGAUGCUUAUACACAUCUCUCUUCGCAGGCUGCCUUUUAUCUGCAUUUGCCUACCUUAAAUAUCAACAUUGUGACUUUGGAAUUUUGUUAUGAAGUUAAAAGCUUAAACGAAAAACUUGCUUCCCAGAGCAGCCAGAAAUAUUUGAACACUUAAAGGCUUUCUGUCUGUGAUUCAGAGAUUUAUUUAUAAGACUGCUGAUUUUGGGACAUCAAACGUAUACAUUCAAACUGCAGGAAUGAGUCACAUUUGUAGGAGGUAAUUACUACCAGAAAGUACAUUCUAACUUUUGUCGGUUCCUCUUUAAAGUGUCCACUUAAGAGUGCCAUGUUCCAAAAAUAGCAUUCUUUGUUAUGUGCUCAGUAAAAUCCUGCCUUACUGUAUGGUGUGGUAAUCUAUGGAGGUUUAGCCCUGUGGUUAAGGGCAUGUGUAGGCUUUACAGGAGGGCAAGUCCUGGACCAUUUCUGGAGCGGUGGCCUGGUUAAAAAUCACAAAAGCUAGUGCACUGAUGCUGGUCUUUGUGGGCGCAGCUAACAUUUGCAAACAUGAUACUUCUGCAGCACAAACCCUGGAAAUGUUUUGCAAUGCUCUUUGGCAGUUAGGGAAUCCAAAAAUUGUACGUGAGAGGGAUUUCACAGUUGGAGGACAUUCCAGGCAUGCAUGGUAACUUAUCCUAUAGCAAGGGUGGGGAACCUGUGGCCCUCCAGAUUUAUUAUUGGACUCCAUCUCCCAGGCAGCAUGGCCGUCUGCCAGGAACGAUGGGAGGUGUGGGCCAGCAACAUCUGGUGGGACACGAGUUUCCCAUCCCUGACUUAUGGUGCAUGGCUUUGGGAUCACCCUCUAUUGAAAGGCUGUGGCCUUCCAGAUGCUGUUGGACUCCCGUCAGAUGUAGCCAGCAUUGCCAGUGGUCAGGGAUGAUGGGGGUUGUGGUCCAGCAACAUCUGCUGCAGUUCUUGACACAGUACUUGGAGGAUGCAUUGGUUCCAGUCCCUGGCUUGGAGCUAUUUUUGGCUCUUUUGUCCAGUCCUUUUCCUGCUCCAGAACUUCAGCUGUCUCAAAUCCCCACCCUCCCAAGAUUUAUUCUUCAUCUCCCAUGUGUUCAGCUGCCCUUGCAAAUGCUGUUCCAAAUGCCCAAUAGAACAUUGCACUCCCAAUGCGCUACUUUGCCCUUAUCCUUUCUUAGUUCACUGGUGGCAAACUUGCCCUUCCAGCCUGGUUCUGCAGCAUGAAGCCUCUUUGUUCAGUUUGUUGAAGCCCUGGCCAAGGCCCUGCCCUCUGUCUGAAGUCUGUCUCACCCAGACUGGAAAGGGGGCGAUCUGUCAGCAAUGCAGGAUCACAGUCUUCCGCUGCCUUGGAGUCUUCUGAGUUACUGAUGACUUCAUUGGAUCUUUGAAGUCUUCUUCUGGCAGAUCAGGGCUACUCUUCUCUCCUAACAGCAGGAAAGGUGAGAAUCAGCCAGCUCAGGAAAGGUGAGAAUUGAGGUAGGAGAGGCGAACUGGACAGCUAGUUGUGCCAAAAGAAGACACUGGCUGGAAAGGUCCAAUGAGUGUGUGCAUGUGUUGUGCUCCUUCAGUUAUCUGUGUGCAUGCCACCUCUGGGUGUCACCUCUCUCUGCAAUUUCCCCAUUAGCUGAGCAGCAGGAAAGAGAACUACCCUCCAAAAACACAACACAUGAUGUGUAAUAAUGCUGAUGCAAACUCCUCUUCCUUUAGAGGAGUUUGUAUCAGCAUUACUACACAUCAUGUGUUGUGUUUUGGGCAUCUGUGGUCUGCAUGUGUGCAAGGGGGAAUGUGGGGUGGCGAUGCCCAUUUUUGCUUAGGCCACACUUGUAUGCACACCUCUGAGGGUUGGCUAAAAGGGAAUGCAACCCUCUGGCCAAAAAAAGAGAGGUUAGUCACCUGCUUUAGUUGUGCUAUUGUUGCAAGAAUUUCAUUUACAGCACAAACCUAGGCAUCUCUACUCAGAAGAGUAGGCCUUACUCACUGAUAAGUGGAUAUUGGAUUGCAGCCUUGGUUUAGCAAUUAUCAUUGCUGCCUUACUAGCCAGGAGAAUUCCUACAUUUGCUUCUGCGGUUGUUUGUUACAGUUAUUUUGCAUUUGCAAGAAUGAUAGCAUGGUACAGUUCUGCAUAAAUGAAUACAGGUUAUGAAUCAGCGUGGAAUUGAGCCCAGUGCUGUCCUCUGCCUGUCACAACCUUAUAAAUUAAUCUCCCCAUGCAGGGGAUUAUGCCUAUUCCAAAAUGCUGCCAUCGUUCUUCCCGCAGUAAUCUCUUUCAGUAUGUUCUGAGGGUGGUUGUUCCUAUCGUUUGGUCCACCCUACAAACAAACAAACAAACAAACAAACAAACUCACACGCUUCAUAGCAGGGAUUUAAUUACUCUCAUUAGGGGCAUGUAGUGUGCUGUCAUACCACAACGCUAUGGUUCAAAAACCCAAAAUAAAUAGAUGCAACUGUGAUCAGCAAGACAGACCAGACACGUUUUGAGUGGUUACUGCACUGUGGUUACAAAUGGAAUGCAGAGACUCUCCAUUCAGUUCUGUGGGCUAUGGAGCUAUUCCAAUAAGACGUCUGAUCAUGCAUCAGAAGAUAUGUGUCCACCACAUAUUUUGAGCCAGUCAUUUUUAGGUCACCAUCCCUCCUUCAAAGAAGGUUUGAUAGAACAAUGGCCCAUGUAGACAGUUUUCACAGAAGUCCAUCAAGCUAGCUAGUAACCAUACCAUGUGGUAUAACUGAGUCCAGGGCCUCCUCAACUACCUUCCAUGCUGCUAAUCAGGAUUAUCGUUGCUUGCAAUUUUGCUGGCAGCAAAGCUGCAGCCCCCCAGUAAGAAAGAUCAGGAAUGGGCAGAUCUAAUAAAAACAGAACAAGUCAAACAACAACCUGGACCUUGAAACUGGUUCCUUUCCAGGUUUGCUUUGUAAGAAGCUGCAGGUUCUCAUUUCUGCUUUCCCCAAUAGAGAUCAAAGCCAAUAUUCCUUCUAGUUCUGUUGCUCCAGUUCCUUCAUUUCUCGACUCCCACAUUAAAUCCAGUCAAGUGAUCAUGCAAUAUGCAUAGUUAUAUAAUGAAUGCCAAGAGUUCAUCACUGCUUUCACCCAGUUUUUUAUAACAAUGGGAAUGCUGUUUAUUUAGAGAUCUAACCUCUUGUCUGUGGAGUGAGAAAACCAUUUUCCAUUUCCAUUUAUUAUAUUUUUAUGCCGCUUUUGACUCACACGAAUCACAAAGCGGCUCACAAAUAAUAAAUAAGAAAACAGAAUGGAACGUCACAAAUAUAACACAAAUCGUAUAGAAUAGUUAACAAAUCACUAAAGCCACCACGUUCUAGAAAACACUAUGAAUAAAACAAUUUUAAAAAAGAAGCUUAACAGCACAAACACAAGCAGCAUCAUAUAACCAUUUUCCACUGUCUGAAAUGUCUUACUAUAUCACCUCCACCGUGGUUCAUAUAUGGUGCCUUUCAACUAAAACUUCUGCUCCUCACAUGGUAUAUUCCCUUGGCUCUUACAGUUUGGACUCUUGAUAAUGCCUCUUUCCAUGUCGUCUUAUUGGAAUGUGUUUAGGUGAGAGGUGGGGUUACUGUGGCCCUAUUGUUGGACAUACCAACUCCCCUCAGCCCCAGCCAGCAUGACCAACUGUGAGGCAUGAUGGGAGUUGUAGUCCAGCAACAUCUGGAGGACCACAGGCUCCCAUCACUCAUUUAGAUCCUGUGCAAUUUUGUUACAGGAUCCGAACCUGCCCUGUUUCUCACCAUACUCUUCUAACCACCACCCACAGCACAGUUUUGUUGUUUCGUCUUACAAACAUCACAGCUACGAGAGUUUAUGAGAGUUCGACUUUUGUUCUGGUUCUUAAACCCUGAUUCUUCAAAUCCAUUUUUGCACAGCAGGCAUGAGGAACGUUUGGGCUUGUGCAAGACAUCCUUCUCUCUUCCAUUCUCUCCAUCAUCCAUUCUUUCCCGCUCUGACACACACGUACGUACUUUUUCUCCCCUUCAUCCAUCAUUCAUUCAUCCUCUGGUUAGUGUGUGUCAGCAUCAGUCAUGCACAUUUCAGGAAGAAUAAAACCUUCAUCACACCAGGCCAGCAAUGAAAUGAAAGAUUUAGAGAGUCAGAGGCUCAGACGACUUCCAGGUUUGGGGACACACAGCCAUAAUAAGAGUAAGAAUCUUCAAAAUAUUGAGGAACAUACUGACGGGAAGGACAAGGGUGGGGAAAUCUUACUGUUGCACAACCAUGCGUUUUAAUUAUUGUAUUGUUUAUGCAUGUUAUGCCUUAGAAUUAGCUGUGUUUGUUGUUAAAUAAAAUAGCUUUGCGUGUUCUCCCAUAUGGUUUGGAUUUGGUUAGGAGGGUUCAAACCUAUUUAUAAGCUUAGCACUCUUGGAAGUAAGAAGUGAGGUCCUCUUGUGAGAGAAGGGUUAUUGGUUUGCUCUGCUUUUGUUUUUGUUCAUUAUGUCUUUUGUGACUUCUUUUUGUGUUUUUAUGUUGUGAACCGCCCUGUGAUCUUCAGAUGAAGGGCAAUAUACAAAUAAAAUAAAAUAAAACGAGUCAAAACUGUGAUGUGUUGACUCUUUAUAUUUUAGAAUAGCUAAUGUUCUUCUAGGCUUCGUCAACAGAAGUAUAGUUUCCUGAUCAAGGGAAGAAAUCCUACUGCUCUAUUCUGCCUUGGCCAGACCACACCUGGAGUGCUGUGUCCAGUUCUGGGCGCCACAAUUUAAUAAGGGUAUUGAGAAACUGAAAGGUGUGCAAAGGAAGGUGACCAAGUUGAUCAGGGGUCUGGAAACCAAGCCUUAUGAAGAACAGUUGACAGAAGUGGGGAAUGUUUAGCCUGGAAAAGAGAAGAGUGAGAAGAGAUAUGAUAGCCAUCUUCAAAUAUCUAAAAGGCUGUCACAUGAAAGAUGGCGCAGGCUUGUUUUGUCGUAGCCCUGAAUAACUUGUGCUCAGGAUACCUUAAGGACUGCCUUACCUUGUCCUUCCCAAGUCAAUAACUCAGAUAAUCUGGCAUGCACUAUUAGGGGGGCCUAAACACUGGAGGCUCAACUUCUCAUUGAUGUGACUCAUGCUUCAGGUCCAUGGAGGGCCACUAAUCGUGCUCCUCCAUGGAGCAGAAGCAUGAGUCACGUCAAUGAGAUGUCAAGCCUUCAGUGUUGUGGGCCCAACUCCCUCCUACUAGAUAUCAGACAGGCACCAUCCCUGCUGCGUUUCAGGUGCCUGGAUAAAGCAGUAUUAUUUCAGGAGGUCUUUGCAUCAUGAAUGCUUCUCCCGUUUUCUUUUCUUUUAUUAAAAAAAACUAAUGUUCUUCCAUGUCUUUAAAUUUCUGCAGUUGACUUUAUGUUUUAAAUUUUGCAUACUGUGUAUUUUUAUUUGUAAGCCACUUUGAGACUUCGGUGGUGAAAAGUUUUUUUUAAAAAACAAACAAAUAAAAUUAGAUGUGAAAUGGGACAUAUUCAAGAGAGCCACUGUAUGCUCUAGCCACACACUUCAGUAAGAUCAAAUAAAUAAAUAAAUAAAUAAAUAAAAUUAAAUAAAUAAAUAAAUAAAUAAAUAACUAUUGAGAGUUUCUCCUACCUAAUAAAUCCUGUUGAGGCUACAGCUUGGAUAGUUAAAACAUCUUUAACAAGACCUAAAUUACAUUAUUUGUAGCUCUAGCACUUACAUGAUGUGUUUUUUGUCAGAAGUGGUCCUCCCUCUCCCAAGCUUGUUCCUUUUCAAAUGAAUCACCUUCGCUGUAGGGGUUCUCCCGGGAAUUGGGAUUGAAAGGGGAUUACCAGGAGAAAACUCAUCAUGGUUUGCCUGUAAAAAGAAACCCUUUAUUGAAACAACUUGCAGCCCAACCUUACAGUUUCCUUGCCAGGCUUUAACUCACUGAAGCUCUAAAAAAUGCCCAGAUAUUUAAACAUCAGUAAGUAGUUUUAAUGGAAAAUAUUUGUUUUUUAAAAAAUCCAAAUCUUGGAGGGAAAACAAACCAAGAACCCAAAGGAAUAAAUGAAAACUAAUGUGGGAAAUUCCAGUUGGAUCAAAGUAAUUGAGCAAACCACAGUUCUGGAUGGCUAGACAUGAAUGUAGGAUGCAUGAAAGGGACUCUCUCACAUCCAGUGUAUUAUGUGGGGAUGUUGGCUGUGGAAGGAGACAAUGAUAAAGAAGCUUAUAAAUGCGGACAAUUUGUUCAAAACCACUGCUCUAUUUAAUCAUGUCUUGGUGCCAGAACUGGACUGUGCAGCAGGUCUUGCACCACCACCUAUCUAUGGCCAAUGGAGACCAGCCUUACCAGCCAAGGAUGGCUUUUGCACCAAUAGGCCAGGCCAUGGCGGCUAAAAGACCCUGCCUGCUAGAAGAAACUCUGGACUGGGCUUGCUCUUUGGCUUGAGCAGCAAGGGAAGGGGCCAGAACUCAGUGAUAGACAGGAGUGGGGCAGAAAUUUGAUUCAGUUCACAUUUAAAGGUGAACGUCUCUAAUUCACAAUUUCUGAAACAAUAUGCGAGCUGAAAAUCAGCCACCCUUCAAAAUUUGCAGUCCUCCAGCCAAGUAGCGUGUACAGAAAUGCAUGUGCUAGGAUAAAUUGUGCAUAAGAAUGCAUGUGUUAGUGAGAAAAUAUACAAGAAGGCGUUAUAGACUUCUCUGUGCCACAGGCUCCCCGCCCCCACUCACAAAGCCCUGUUACCGCUUCAGCUCCCAACAUCUCCUCCUCCCAGUCUUCUCCCUCUGACCACUCAUUGUCAUCUCACCACCAAUCCCUGGCUCUGAGCCUUCUUCCCCUGGGAGUUCUCCAGCUGGUUCCUCCGAUCCUUCCGAAUGCAUCCAACAUUUUGUAUAGGUGCUCUAAAAUUAUAUGUAAGGACAAUGACAUUAUUAAUACAUGGCAAUGCAUUGGAGGUUGAGAGAUGAGGAAGGCAAGGGGCAUUUGGGAAUCUCCAGAUCUACCACUUUGCAAGAGCAGCUGUAGAAAUCUGCUUCCUAGUGGCCACUUUUUAAGAAGUAGCCGCAUCCAAUCAUCGUUUGAAAUGCUGUGUGAAGUCAGCACUGUGUCUGACGGGUUUGGUUUUCUGCAAGAACUGGUGGAAACCAUGAGAGGAAUACCAACUGCCAGGCCAUGAUCAAAUUGCAGCACCAGGAUAAAAAAAAAAUUCCGCACAGCAUCAUACAAGUGAUAAAACACAUUUCAUAGGAGGCAAUGGGUAAAACAUAUUACUUGAAAAACUCUGGUAGCCUUUGACAAUCUGCAGUUUGAAUCUGAUAUCCGAAUCGAUGCCUGCUCUGUUAUGGAGUUAUUUGUUUGCCGUUAUGGAGACAAGAUGUUUUUCUCCGUAGAGACAUCCCUAAACCAGCUGGCAGAAGUCAAGGAAUGAGAAUAUAAGUCUCAGCUGACAAAGUGCAAAAAGAAUGUUCACAAGCAUUCUUGGAAAUCUUGCUCUUAAAUAAAUAAAUGGAAUAAAAUACCACGAAGAAGACAGUGGGAUAGGAUUAAUAUUUCAUGACCUAGUAAAUUUCAGUAGUGAAUAUUGCACUCGUGCCAAGUUUCUUAGACGCUUUAAGAAACUGAGCAUUUUCUAUCGGCUCACCCAGCAGCAAAAAUGAGGGUGCUCAGACACAAUGCCUUGGGAUGGAUCAGUCUGUCAAUUUUGGUUUCUCUCAGUUUCUCAUUUUUCCAGCCGUAAAUUCUUUUCACCCCAUUCCUGCAUCAGUUUGUGAAAUUUUCUUGUUAAAUCUUCAUAUUAAAAACUGAAUACAUUUUCAUAUGCAUUUCUCAUACUAUCCACACGUUGGAUGUGAUUUUGUCCAGUGCAUGCAUUUGCCCUAGAAAAUUCCCAAACUAUAUUGUUAUUUUGCACAUUAUUUUCCACUAAUAUAUGCACUUUUGUGCUCUCUUUUUGGGUUGGAGACCUGUGUCAGAGGGGGGCUUAUUCUGAAGGAUAGCAGUGUUUCAGUUCAUUUAUUGAUUUGGGCAGGGAGAAUUAAGGGGGUUUGCAUGAAAAUACUCCCCCAUCUGUAACAGUGCCCCUAUCUUUGAGGAGCUUCGGGCUUAUUGAAUGUGGCAUAAAAAGAAUGUCCAAGUGUCUCACCUCUCCAUAUAACUGAAUAUAGAACUAACAAUUCCAAGUUUGGGGCUGGGGUGACGAACCUUUUUGAAUCCAAGGGCUGUAGCCCCUUUUGAGUGACCUUCCAGAGGUUACAAACAAGUGGUGGUGUAAUUUAAUGAAUGUAAUUUUUUACCUUUGCACAGUGGGUUAGUCUAGACACACACACUCCCACACCCCUCUCUAUCCUCCAUUCAGGCUAGCAAGAGCCAUUAUUAGACUCCAAAGACACAUUCCAGGCAGGCAAAAACACUCAAGGAAGGGCGUGAAGCAAGUGAGGUCAGCAUGCUGCCACAUUCCUGCUCCACACAUGGCCGCUAGGGAUGUUUAGGGAAUAUGAUAUUUGUGAAUCCGAUACAAAUCAACCAUCAAUAUCUUCUGAGCUAAUGCCCUGAUCAGAAUGUCUAUUUCCUUCGGAUUUCACACAACUGCACCUUUUGCAAUGUGGUUUUCAUCUCCAAAAAUGCAUCACCAGGCACUUAGGAAUGCAUAUUUUCAGAUAAAGUACACUUAGAAAUGUGUACAGUACUUUCAUAAAUUCAAAUAUACAUUUUUGUGCAUUUAAAAAAUGAACAAACAGUUAAAUGCAGAGACAGGAUGGAAUGGAUUUAUGAAAGGCUAUCCUUAAUAACCACCUAUCCAGAUUGUAAAUGUUGCUGGACAUUUUUAAAGGGGUGUAAAAAGUUCUCAGGAGCAUCUCUGUUUUUGUCUUUGAAAAUGCUAGGAGGAUAUAAAGAUGCACGAGAAGUCUGGUGAAUUAGACACAGUCUCCUUGCACCAACUGCACCUUCUGAUCUGAUGAGAGCAAUGCAGGCAGUUGUAGCUGGAUCACUCUCAGCAUUUCACAGGUGACGCCAGCCAGCUGGCUCCCAGGUUGGCUGGUGCCUUCUCACAGUCUAGAUAACAUAUCACUUUGGGCCUGACCUAGGCUGGUCACUUACGCCUCAUGAAAAAAAGAGGAAACACAUCACCAAAAAGCAUGGCGAAAGAAGACACAGAUUCACAUUACAUUUGCAUAAGCAUGUACACAUGCAAAUUUAAAAAUAAUUGCUGUAAUUUAAACAGGAACACAUCUCAGCAAGGUGAGGAAGGUGGUGGCCAAGUGCCCUGUGUGUCUGCUCAACCUGCUGUCCAGGUGUUGACUGAAUCCCUAUUCUUCCUUCCUAGAGUUUGCUCGCUACCAUCUAUCUAAUUAUCUAUCCAUCUAUCAUCUAUCUAUCUAUCAUCUAUCUAUCUAUCAUCUAUCAUCUAUCUAUCUAUCUAUCUAUCUAUCUAUAUCUAUCUAUCAUCUAUCAUCAUCUAUCUAUCUAUCUUCUAUCAUCUAUCAUCUGUAAACCACACUUUCAUACGAAAUAUUGCAUGGCGGUAUAUGCAAUACAGUGGUGCCCCGCAAGUCAAAUGCCUCACAAGACGAAAAACUCGCUAGACGAAAGGGUUUUCCGUUUUUCGAUGCGCUUCGCAGGACGAAUUUCCCUAUGGGCUUGCUUUGCAAGACGAAAACGUCUUGCAAGUUUGUUUCCUUUUUCUUAAAACCGUUACAGUAAUACAGGGUGCAUUGCUUGAAGAGGUGCAGUUGUGACUUGACUUCGAGGAGCAACUCAUAGCACGCGGUGUGGUAGCCUUUUUUGAGGUUUUUGAAGACUUUGGUGAUUUUCGAAGCUUUUCCAAAACUUCUUUUGCAGCCAUUUGGUAAGUUAAACUUUUAAAACUUUUUUUGGGGUUUUUGGAUUUUGGGUUGGGGUGUUUGGAAUUCAAGGACUUGGUGUUGGGGAGGGGUUUGCAAGAAUCUGGAAGCUUGUGUUUUUUUUCCUGCAUUUUUAUGAUUUUUUGUGACCAUUGGGCCACUCUGCUGUUUUUUAAAAAAAUUUAUGGAUUUGAAUUUCUUUGUGGUGGGUGGCUGGGGGAACAGUUGAGGAGGGGUUUGCAAGAAUCUGGAAGCUUGUGUGGUUUUUUUCUGAAUUUUUCUGAUUUUUAUUGUUCCUUCAAUUUUUGAAUUUAUUGUUCCUUCAGUUUUUGAAAUGCUCUUUACAGUAUGUGUGACUUUAAAGAGCACUUAAUAAACUCUUGUUGUACCAAAUUUGGCUUUGUUUGGACUUUUUUUUACCAUAGGAACGCAUUAAUUGAAUUUCAAUGCAUUCCUAUGGGAUUUCGUGCUUCGCAAGACGAAAAAUUCGCUAGACGAAAAAACUCGCGGAAUGAAUUAAUUUCGUCUUGCGAGGCGCCACUGUACUGUAUUAAGAACAUAAAGAAUAAGAUAUUUACACUGGACAUGAGCUGGACCACCAUUCAAACAGUGGACAGCUUCAAAUAGAAAGGAGGCCAUCCUCAAUCUGAUAGGUUCCCAGACUGUCUUCUGUGGUCCUCCAGUGGCCCACGAACUUCAUCUAAGGGGUCCAUGGCAUCUGUGGAUCUGUGGCUGUGAAAUAUUCGUGUUAACUCUUAAUUGUGCUUUUAGUGGUUAUGCAUGCAAUUUGAAUGGUAAGACAAUGAAAUGUAGUCGACAAGAAAUAAAACCAGCAAGAAGAAUGCAAUUAAAAAUAAUACAGCACCUAGCACAGCACAUUACAAUUGCUACAGGUUGUACAAUGACAAUAAAGGUAUUAUUGUUAUUACAAGAGGGAGGAAAACCAACAAGUGGUUGCAUGAAGACUCACAGCAAUUUUCAAGUGGUCCAUGGGGGGGAUAUUUGGGAGCCACUGCUCUAGCUUCUAGGACUACAUUGAAUGCAUUCUGCCUCACACAGCAUUACUUAUUCUGUUUGCCCUCUAACGGGUUGCUCAUUUCAUCCCCCCGCCUGCCAUCUGCCAUGGGAGGCCUCGCUCAAAAUUCACUAAGAUGUCCGGAGUUAAUUUCGCCCAGCGUGUCUAGGGCUGAUUGAAGAAAUCUGCUAUUGGCACAAAUACAAAGCUUUUCACUAUUUCCAUAUUUAAGUUGGAUCAAGCUUGCUGGGAAGGUUGCUCUUCCAAAUUAAUAUAACACAGCUUUAUUGAAAAUGUGCCGUUGCCAGAAGUGGCUCGCGAUGAUGAGAUAGGUAAGGCACGCAGGAGGGCAGCAGCCUCCCCAUGUUUGAAGUCAUGUAACUUUUGGGACCUCAAAACGGCAAAAGUUCCUCCCGCUUUUGUUCCUGACCUCCAGCAGUAACUCUCCCAUUUGCUGAGCGGGGGAAACAGCAUUUGAGUCUGUGGGAAUUCGAGCCUGUAAAAACAUUUUUUCCCCUUUUGAGUACUGUAGAUUGCAACUAUCCACAAGCUUUGGGGAAAAACAGUAGACUUUACCUCAUGAUCCAAUCACCAUUACUUGCAAAACCUUCAAAAACCGGGACGAGGAGAGAAAACAUAAUAUAAAUAUUGCUUCAAGCCUCCUUGUCUGUGUUCUCAGGGUGGUUGUUUUUUUAGUGUCACAAAGACCCUUAAUACACAUUUAAAACUUUGUCUGUCAAGAGGAACCUUUUUGACGCUGCCCUCAUUGUUAUUUCAGGGUCUUGCAGAUGAAAUAUAAUGUUUAUGGGACUCUGAGAUUUGCACUUGUUUGUGUGCUAUAUAUACAUUGGGUUUAUAAGAGGGAAUGACCUAAACCACCUUGUUUUCAGGCAGUGAUUCCCAAGGGUGGCAAAACAGUCUUAAAAACCAAGCUGGGGGAAAGGAGGCUUAUAAAUGUGUUAAAUUGCUGGGGGUUAAGGGGUGGGUUGAUUCCCUAUGUGAAUUUCUUCGAUGUUUCUCAUUUUGGAAAAUAUGUUUAGGAUUAGAAAUAAAUUUAAAAACAAGCAGACACCUCAACCUUCAGUCACAAGUGUGUUCAUAUUUCAUGCGCAGCUUAUUCGUUUCAAGGUUUUUCUCUGUAAUAACGUGCCUGUAGAACACACAAGUUCUGCAAAUCAUCGGCUUCAAUGUGCAAAUUUCUUCAGUCAAAAUAGAGGGGGGAUGCUUUUAAAUGCCAAGGUUUCAACAAGAACUGGACUUAUUUAACCUUGUUCUGUUUAUUGGCCAUACUAGUAGUGCUGCAUCAAAAAAUUUCCUUCUGUUUUUGACUACCACCCUCUGCCAAAUAAUGCCAAAAGAAAUUGCGUUUGAAAAUUACCAAAUAAGAGAAAACUUUCAGUUAAAUCCUCAUGGGCAAGAUGUGGGAUUUACUUUACUUUCAUGGUAGCCAGUGUCUGUAUUCUUCAGCCAUCCUGACUUCCUGCAUUUCCUGGAAAUCCCACAACAUCAUUGGCUGGGAUUUCCUGGGCCCACUGCAUUGGCUCUGCUGAGAGGGGCUCUGUUUCCAUACAAGUGGGUCAUUAGAUGAACUUUGUAAAUUUUAAGAACUGGUUCCUGAAUUUGCUUUUUCUCCUCCCCCCUUCCCAUUCCCCUUUCCUUUCGUGUCAUGCCUUUUAGAUUGUAAGCUUGCAGGCGCAGAAUGGUGUGUACCACCCUGAGAUCUACGGAUGAAGGGCAGUAUACAAAUUUAAUAAAUAAUAAUCAUCAUCAUCAUUAUUUGUUACUGGUGAUUUUCUGUAAGCCACUCUGAGAACUCUUUUUGGUUCAAGAGCAUGGUAAAAGUCCUAUAAGUAAACAGACACGAGCCCCUGUGACAGGCAGGCAAUAAAAGGCCUCUGAAUUGGUGAGGCUGAUCCUGCCAUGGCUUUUUCAACCUGCCUUGCCCCACCCUCCAGCCAUAGCUGUCAGCUUUUCCCUUUUCUUGCGAGGAAUCCUAUUCAGAAUAAGGGAAUUUUCCUUUAAAAAAGGGGAAAGUUGACAGCUAUGCCUCCAGCCCUAGGAACCUUCAUGAGGGAACUGUUAACCAGAGGAAGGACUGUGAGGGGAGAGAGACUCUUGUUUGCCAUCAGGGGGUGCUUGGUUUGACCUUUGCUGCUCCAGCUCAAGUCCAAGGAACCUUUAGAAGGGAGUUGCUGCCACAGGCAAUAUGUACAGUGGUACCUCGGGUUACAUACCCUUCAGGUUACACACUCCGCUAACCCAGAAAUAGUGCUUCAGGUUAAGAACUUUGCUUCAGGAUGAGAACAGAAAUCGUGCUCCGGCGGCAGGGCGGCAGUGGGAGGCCCCAUUAGCUAAAGUGGUGCUUCAGGUUAAGAACAAUUUCAGGUUAAGAACGGACCUCCGGAACGAAUUAAGUACUUAACCCGAGGUACCACUGUAUAUGUGUAUUUGAAUGAGCCGACUAGAGUGAAAGAUUACGACUCAUGGGUUGGUGGAGUGUGUGAACUUAACAGUUCUUUGUUGAUCUUUCAGUUGCUGUUUUGUUAAAGUUGUUAAUACAGCUUUAUAGAUGAAUGCCGUAUUGAUUUGUUAAUCAUAUAAUAUGACUUUUGCUUUAGUUGUGAUACUUCAGCUGAUUUUUUUAGUUGCUGCUUGUUAACAGCGUUUCAUAGAUUGCAAUUGUUUCCCUGAUGGCUUGUUAAUCAUUCUAUAAGAUUUAUGCAGUAUUUGUGAUGUUCUGUUACGUUCUAUCACUGUAUUUAUUUUUGUAAACUGCUUUGGGAUUCAUUUGAAUGAAAAGCGGCAUAGAAUCAUAGAAUCGUGGAGUUGGAAGGGACCACGAGGGUCAUCUAGUCCAACCCACCCCCUGUGACACAGGAAUCUUUUUGCCCAAUGUGGGCUCAAACCCACAACCCUGAGAUGACUGAGCUCUCCCUCUCCACAGAAAUGCAAUAAAUCAGAAUCAAGGAGACCUUUUCAUUCCUACCCAACAGUUCAGUUAUUCCGUGAUCCUCAAUUUCAUGGAUGGCUUUCAAUAUCUUCUUCAAAUUCAUCUUUACCACCCCAGUCAGAUAUUUAAAAAACAACAACAGCACAAACCUUUUUCCUAAAGUUGCCAGACUUUUCUGCGAAAUUCAGAUUAGAAAGCAGCCACUCCCAACGUUCCAAAGGCUUAAUAACUUUUACUGAUGUAGCCGAAGUGUUUCCUUCUGUCAUGCGGUAUCCGUGUUCACAACCAAAACGAGCAGGAAGUCGCCUAGGGGCACAGGAGCCAACUCCUAGGGGCCAAGGGGUCUUCACCCCACACAUAAAAUAUUUGUGGGGCCCGCGAGUAAGGGGGUCAAGGUAUGAGGUAUACAAGAUUAAGCACAGAGUGGGGAAAGACAAGUUCAUCUGCCUCUCUCAUAAUACCAGAAUACUUAUGAAACUGAGCACUGGGAAAUUCAGGAAAGACAAAAAGAAGUAUUUCUUCACACAUGGAUUUUUAUUUUUUUUUACUACCAGAUGUAGGGAUGGCUGCCAACCUGUUUUGAAGGGGGAUUAGGCAAAUGCCUGCUUAAUGGACAAGACUAUCAGUGGCUAGUAGUCCUAAGGACUGUAUUUUACCUCCAGUAUCUGUGGAAGUCUGCCUCUGAAUGCCGUUUCCUGGGUACCACAAGUAGAAGAGAGCUGUUGUGUUCAUGGGCUGCAUGAACUUGGGGCUUCCCUCAGGCGCCUGGGCUGGAUCUAGACACAUCAAAAAAACAUUUCAGGAAAACGUGUUGUAAACCUCAUAACAGGAAAUCAUGUUGCUGAAAGACAGGACUCCACAGCACCAUCUGUUGUCACAGGUUAUAAUGCACUUAAAACGCUUUUUCUUUACUAAUGUAGCUGAGUCCCUGGUUGGCCACUGUGAGAACAGAGUGCUAGGCUAAAACGGGCCUUUGAUCCGACCCAGUAGGGGUCUCCUUAUGGCUGAUGAUUGGUUUCUGUAAUAUUUCUCAAAAAAUAGGUGUUUCUUUUCCAAACAUAGCAGAACAGUCUGAGGGGGCAGAGCUUGUUUUCUAUACCAUAGUCUUACUUUGUUUGGAGGAGCUGCAAAAAUGACUUAUGUGUUUGUUAAAGGUUUAGUCAGAAGAGGAAAGAGUAACAAGGCACUGGCAGGGCUCGUAGAUAUUUUCUCCCUCUUUCCUUAAAAUGACUUUUCCAGGGAAAUCUAGAGUGAAAGAACAACUGUGAGCCAUCCCUGAUCUCUGGAAAUUGAUCAGUGUUCUGUUUUUAUUAAAAGCAGUGCCACCUUCCACCUGCCUUGUAACCAGAGAGCACCACUCCGGCACUUCUUGUUCCCGUAGAUUCCUCUCUCCUCCUGGACGUGCCAGGAAUUUGGCUUUCGAUGGGAGCCAGCGUGGGUUAGAUGUGGGAAAUGGAAGAACUUUUGCAGCUGCUCCUCCUGAGUCAGGGAACAAAGUUUGAUGUGAGUUGAGUCAGUUAGCUGAAUUUCAUUUCUGAAGAAUGAAAACAGAACAAAAAUAAAAGAGUGGAAAGAGGGGGGUGGAAAUCACAAAGCAGAUUUCCAGAGGCUGGUUUGUGGACAAAAUUUCAGAUCACAAAUUGUCACUGAGUUAGAUUCUUACAAAGGCCACUAUAUACUACAGUAAGAGAGAACUAAGCAUCCCACCUGCAUUUUUGAGCCUUAUUUUGUCUCACACACAGACAAAAUUCAAGGGGGCUGUACUGGAAUAUAUGAGAUCAGGCCAGAGUCAGCUUCUAAAAAUUGCUUGCUUUUAAAUCUGAAAUAAUUUUACAAUACUUUCACAUGCCAUUAGCUUAAAUUGAUUCCAUAUCUGAUGAACCUGUUCCUGUGUGAGUGUGCCCACUGGGGGGCAAAAUAAUGAUUUGUGGAUACAGCAUAUGUCAGGAAAAACUUAUUAGGUGUUUAGCAAGGGACUAAAUUAAAGCAAAGUCAUUUAAUUUGCAGCAAGGGCUGUAAUUAAGUGUGUGCCUGCUUGGAAGUUUCAAAGGGGAUAGAGGUUUAUCCCAUGCCACACUCCAUCAGGGGUCUGCAUCCUUGAACAUCUAUUGAGAUCUGAGCAUCCUGGGAGAGUCCGUCAGCAAAACCUGGCAUGCAGAUGCAGCCAUUGCUGCCUGCUCCCUCUCUCCAGGCAAUGAGCGUUGUCUCUCCACACACAAAAACACCGAAUCCCUUGGGAAGAUUCCUCCCUCUCAUGAGACCUUCCCUGGUACCACAGAUUUCAGAGGCGGUAUGGUGGGCAUUUGGGACCAAAUGGGCCUCUGGCCUGAUCUUGCAGGGCUCUUCUGACCUGUUACCUCUUCGAAUCUCAAGAGUGCUGACAUGCAGAGUUCACCCUUUACAUCUUCACAACAACCCUGUGAGGUAGGUUAGGCUGGCCCAAGGUUACUCAGUGAGCUUCAUGGAAGAAAGGGGGACUUUAACCCAAUUCAAGCCCACUUAAAAUAAAUAAAUAUUUCGCACGUAUACCAAUUAUACAAAGUUAUAUUCAUUCAUAUAAAAUAAACAGAGCAGCAACUUACAAACACUACACUUCAAGCAGAUAUCCUUAUACUUCCCAGUUACUUAGAUAACCAGCAAUACUAGUCCUUUCUCAGUCUCUCUCCUGCACUACACUGACUCUGAAAGAUUGCCAAACAAAAUUGUAAUGACUUUUUGAGGAAGUGACUUGAGGGUUGCAUCCGAAACAGACAACGACAACACAAUAAUUCUUUCAGGGUACAGGUACUAGGCCAGCAGCUAGAUGACAGAGCACAAGAGUGUAAUACCCUCCAGAUAUUAUCUGUAUCAGAAGAAAACUAUGAGCCCUGGUCUCCUCCCAGUUCCUCAUUAUGACUCAGCAACUACUCCACUGAGUCAUCAUAGUUAUACUGAACCCCAAGCCAAUAUCUGAGGAGAAGCAGAACUCUAGGAUCCAUUCCAGAAUUUCAUUAUUUUAUUAUAAAAUUUAUUAUUAUCAGUCUCUGUCUCUCUUUCGCUCAGGUGUCUUCAUAAGUAAUGUGGAUUUUCUUGAUCUGAAACAAGACUAAGAUUCCCAGUUUAGAACACACACACACACACACACACACACACACAAACAAACAAACAAACACACACUUUAACUCUUCAACAGUUUUAUUCAAGCAAACAUGUGAAACACUUUCAAGGCUUUGAGAAACUGGCCCUCACCAAUACAUUUCAGAACAAUGUAUUAACUCUUGACUAGUUGUAAUUAUACCCUUCUUGUCUGUUUACAACAUUAGCAGCUUACUAUUAUCCAGGGCAACAAAGCACAUAUCUAGCUUACAAAGAAAUACCUAUAGUAGAACUUUAUGCUAUACUCUAAGAGUCUCACUCUCUUCCAAUAAAGGCUGAGAUUGAAAGACUCAGCAGUGGAGAACCUAUUCUACUCUGCAUACAGAAGGUCCAAGGUUCUAUACACUGGAAUCUCCUGGCAGGGUUGGGAAAGACUCAGAGAGAGCCAUGGCCAGUCAGUAUAGACCAGUGGUGGCCAAACUUGGCCCUCCAAAUGUUUUUGGACUACAACUCCCAUCAUCCCUAGCUAACAGGACCAGUGGUCAGGGAUGAUGGGAACUGUAGUCCCAAAACAGCUUGAGGGCCAGGUUUGGCCACCACUGGUAUAGACAGUACAGAGAUAGGUAGACCAAUGGUCUGGCUCCUUGUAAGGCAGCUUCCAAUGUCCCUAACCUGUGAGUGACACCAGAAUUAUACCUGAAGUUCAUUGUGGACAAGCAUCUACUGGGACUAUUUUGAGUAUCUGCUUUCCAGGCAGAGCAUUGGAGUACAUAGUUUCAAAGGGCACUUCUGACCCUUAAGAAGUCACUGGGUCGGACUUGGUGGUACUUAGGUCCCCCUGAAAUCACUGUGAAAAGAUUGUCUAAGUCACAUUGAUUCAAUGGGAACCAAGCGUGACUAACAUAAACUAGGUUUGGCAAUUACAACUGCCUGAUAGCUCAGUUGGUAAAGAAUGAGACUCUUCAUCACGGGGUAGUGGGUUUGAGCCCCAUGUUGGCCAAAAGAUCCCUGCAGUGCAGGAGGAUGACCCUGGUGGUCCCUUCCAACUCUUUUAUUCUACGUGUAUAAGAUUGAGCUGUCAGAGCCUAGUGCAACAACAAAUGGGCUUGACUCUGUGUUGGAUUGCAGUCUAUGACUUCAGGCCUACCAUCUUUUUACAGAGCAUUUUGCAAGAAGGUGAAAUUAACGUGCAUACUAUCAGCCUGCGUUCCCAGGAGACUGCCAAUGUCUUAUUAUCAAGAAAUGUUUUUGUAUAGUUCCUUCCAGCUAGCUCCAACCUAGACAAAGUACCCCUGUCUUGCCAUCGCUUGUGCUGAGUAGUGGCAAAAUGUUUCUCCCACAGAGUACUGCAGCAUUGUCAAUAAAAGUGAAUGGUGCUCACUCUUCAUAAUUUAAGAACCUACAAGCAAUUUAUCUCUUUUAGGCAGCCAGAGAGGGAGGGGGAAUCUUUCUCUUACUCGUAUUCUUACAUAGAAACACAGGAAGCUGCCUUACAUGGAGUCCAUCUAUCUCAGUAUUGUCUCUACUGACUGAAGUAACUCUCCAGAGCUUCAGGCAAGGAAUCUUCCCUAGUCCUCCCUGAAGAUGUUGGGAAAUGAACCUGGGUCCUUCUGAAUGCAAAGCAGGUGCUCUACCACUGAGUUACAUUCAUUCCAUUAAAGAAUAUCUAAUGUAAUGAAUGCUAUCCAAGUGCUUUGCUAAUAUCUGGGUACCUUUGUGCAGAUAUUAGCAGUCUAAGAAACAAGUCCUCUUUUUCCACCUUGCUGGAAUUUAGAGAAUAUGCUUCCUGGCCUUUCAUCCUGUGCUACAGGAGCAGGCACAGAGAAUCAUAUAAUUAUAGAUUUGGAAGGGACCCUGAGGAUCAUUUAGUCCAACCCCCUGCCAUACAGAAAUAUGCAACUGACCAAACAGGGAUCGUACCUGAAUCCUUGGUGUUAUCAGCACAGUGUUCUAACCAACUGAGCUACCCUGCUCCAUCUCACUGCAGCUACCGUGACCUCAAAGUUCCAGCUGACGUGGAACUUUUAGGGGGCCUGGCCCCUUCACUGAAUUUUUUUGGGGGACCUACCCCCAUUCCCCCUACCUGGCGCCCCUGUGCAGGUGGGGUAGCAUGAGGAGAGGAGAGAAAGGGGGUGGAAUUGCACAGCAUUAGAAACAACCUUUAGUUUCAUGUUGGUGUGAAAGGAGAAGUGGGUAUUACCAAGUCAAACUGGUGUGAAUGGAGAUCCAAUCCCAGUCUCUCAUGCCCAUGAAAUAUUGCUUUGUGCAGCAUAUUUUAGAGAGCCAACAUCAUUUCACCCUGUCAUAGAAUGAAUGGCUAUUAAUAUGCAUCGAUUGAUCACUUAGCAGUAAUUGCAUCUGCUUCAUUACGUGGGGAGGUAAAUGUUCCUGUUCGAAACUUUUACUUAGAACUGGCUGUUGAAGGUAAAACCUGCAAGCCAGUAGCUUAGGCAAUAAAAAUUUGAGUAGCUGCAGAGUCUGUAGUGGCUUUCUCAGUAGGAUUCGGGAAACCAUUUCUCCCCGUUGAUAUGGAAGAAAUAUGGAAGCCAAUUUGCCUCAAUAGCUGAAUAAUAAAAUCUCUUUCACACAGACAUUUCACCACACUGCAGUUUGUGUGGGGUGUGAAUACCAGAAGCAUGGUGGGUGAGGCCAGUUGCCUGGCUGUUUUCCACCUGGGUGUUGACUUCUUUCCCAGCCCAGUGAGGACCGGAUGGGUAAAAUCCAACCAAAUGGCCCCACCACCAUUGUCCUGGCACUUGAACACACACCACAGUGUUGUUGGAUUUCGCAACAGGGAAGAGCUUAGAAACAGGUGUGAACAAGGCUUAACUCAUUCCUGCUUUACUUGAUGUUCACCUGUGGUUUAUUCUGCACCCCAAGGGGGUUCAGAAAUGCCUCAGUUUGGUCUAAUAGCUUUGGCUGUUUGAGUCAAAGCUAUUCAGACCAUUGGGGGGGGGGGAUUAUGAAAUUGCUCACCACGACAGGCAAAUUCUUCUCCCCCUAAAGAGAAAUAGAUCUUGAGCUUUCCCAGAAGAAUGGAACGAGGCAGUAAUUUUGAAAGUAAUACCAGCUCUCUCCACCCCCACCCUGCCCCACUUCCACCCAUGCUCAUGCCCUGCACGCUAUAGACUUCUUUGCAUUCGUUUUUCUUCUUUCAGACACCGUUAUGCUUCAACAGUCUUUGUGCACCUUUUUUGCAUGAAUACCAAAAAUACAGUUUCUGAAACAGGAUGCUGUCUCGUACAAACCUGGACCACUGUCUGCACUGACUGGGAUUUCCAGGUUUUCAGACAUGUGUCUUUCCCAGCACUACUUGGGGAAGCCAGGGAUGGGACAUGAGUUUGGGUUUGGGGGUUUUGUUUGUUUGCAUGCAGUGCAUGUGCUCUUCCACUGAGUCCUGAUGACCCAUCAGCACUUGAAGCUGAUAGGGUGCAAAGUGCAAGCCAUAGAUGUGCAAGUCAGGUGGCUUUUAAGUUUUCGCUUCUAGAGAUGAAUUCAAACGUUGAACAGAGUUUGCAUGAAGAGUACAAAUCAGGUGUUGUUACUAGUGUUCUUUCACCACCUCCACUACACCCUCUCUUUGCUGCCCAGCAGAACUCUUCUGGGUGAUAUCUUCAGAGCUAGAUAUCUAAAGGACUAGCCGCCUGAGAAACAGUUUCUAUUCAAAUGCGAUUUUGGCUUUAAACGCAGUGUAAGGUAGUCUCUAUGGGAGUUUAUUGUAUUAAUUAUGGGAUAUCAGAGUUUUUAGGGGGCUAACCAGGCUGGGAUAGCUGGGAUAGCAGGCUUGUUGGUUUCUGAAUGUCUGGUGUAGAUUUUCAGUUUCGUUGUUCUGUAUGGGACAAUGACAAUAAAGAUUAUCGCAUCGUGUCAUAAAGAGCUGUCACAUGCAGGAUGGAGCAAGCUUGUUUUCUCCUGCUCUGGAGGUUAGGACCUGAAUCAAUGGAUUCAAGUUACAAGAAAGGAGAUUUUGACUAAACAUCAGGAAGAACUUACUGAGAGUAAGAGCUGUUCAACAGUGGAACGGACUCUCAUAAGAAGUGGUGGACUCUCCUUCCGUGGAGGUUUUUAAUCAGAGGUUGGAUGGUCCUCUGUUGUGUAUGAUCGAGUUGAGAUUCCUGCGUUGCAAGGGGUUGGACUAGAUGAUUCUCGGGCCCCUUCCAAAGCUCUACGAUACUGUGAUUCUAUGAUAUAAAGCAGCUUCCGGUUCAUGGAAGGCUGGCAAACUAGUUCAGAAAAUAAACCCAGUUAUUUCUGACUUUUCCAGAAACAGCCUGGUUUAUUUCAACUCGAGGCAAGUGGGGGCAAGCUCAUCCAUCUCUAGCCUGAGUUCCACUGCUGUGGUGCUAAUGCCUUUUUCUAAAAGGUUCAACAAGAAUCUGUAACAUUUCUCUGCUUGUGAAAUUUAAUAAAGAAGGCAAUUAUAUUGUUUGCCAUCAGUAGUUGGCCCAUUUAUGGCCGAACUCAGCAGAAAUAUAUCCAGCUCCCAGUGAGAGCCAAGCACCUUGCAAAGCACAUAGGAUACUUUUUUUACUUUAAAAGCUGAGUGUAGCUUUAUGGAAAUUUCUAAUUAGGAAAGAGCCAUUUAUUGGACACACGCUGAAAAAUAUACUUACUUCUUCUUUUUUUUUUUGAAGGGCUGAAGUGCAUGAUAAGUUCCCGACCCUGUCCUAUACAUUUCGUAUUUUAUCUAUAACUUUCAACAAAGGCAUAUUUCUGUAGUUUUGCUUGAGUGUGUAAAUGAACACAUUGGGAUCAGUUUACCUGUGGGAUCACCUCAACCCACUCAACCACUUUGGUGUGUGAAACCGGUGCUUUUAUAGGCGACAGAUAAUAUUCAUUCCACACUUCGGGGGGGGGGACUGAUUUUUUUGGUGUGACAGCACCUAAACUUUGGAACGCCCCGCCUAUUGACACCAAGCAGGUGGCCUAACUUUACUCCUUUCACUUGCUUGAAACAUUUGUGUUAAGACAAGCUCUCCGGACAAAUACCGUAUUUUUCGCUCUAUAGGACGCACUUUUUCCCCUCCAGAAAUUAAGGGGAAAUGUGUGUGCGUCCUAUAGAGCGAAUGCAGGCUGCACGGCUAAGCCCAAAGCCAGAACAGGGAGACGGAGCGCUGCCCCUCUUGCCGCCUUCGCGCUGCUCCCUGACCUGGUCUUUGAGGCUGGCGGUGGGAGAAAGCAGUGCUUCCCCCCACCGCCAGCCCCACAAGCUCAGGGGGCAGCGGAUCUUUGAGGCUGGCUUCCCCCCACUGCCAGCCCCAAAGAGCAGGUCAAAAGGAACCUGAAGCCUCCAGAGCCCAGAGGGAACUACCGCCGAGCUCCAGAAGCUUCGGGUUGCCUUCACUGAAGCCUGGAGAGCGAGAGGAGUCAGUGCGCACCGACCCCUCUUGCUCUCCAGGCUUCCAAGGUAGCCACCUGAAGCCUCCCGCUGCGCUCUGGAGGCUUUGGGUGAAUGCACCUUGAACAUACCUUGUUUUACAGGGGGAGAACAAGAAAAAAAAAAUUUCCUGUUCUCCCCCUCCUAUGGUCCGGUGCGUCCUAUGGUCCGGUGCGUCCUAUAGAGCGAAAAAUACGGUAGAUGUUGAUGUGUUUUAAUCUCUUUUUAGUUCACUGUUAUUUUUAUUACCUUUUAAAUGCUUCUAAUUACUUGUUUUUAGUGAUAAUUUUAAUAUUUCUUAUGAGCCAUUUAGAAGUUUUAAUGCAAUAUGGAUAAAUGUUGCAAGUCUAUUUUGCCGAGGCUAUUCUAGAAUAGCACCAAGAGCACGUUUUUCAACAAUGUGACGUCUGACAACUUCUUCUUCUAGUCAACUUUUUCUUGGCAUUUUUCAGGGACAACAGCUGGCGUCUUAGUCCUCCUACCUCCUGCAAAGGGAUCUGUGGCUGUAAUUUCAAAAGCUUCGAAAUGUGGAGGUUGGAUGGCACCGUCAUGACCUUUACCUUCAAAGCAGAAGACUAUCCAUUCUGUUUAUUUUUCCUGAUCCCAGAGAUUUCCCUGUUCCAUAUGCUUAUCCCUUAAUAGGCCAUUCAUGUAUAGAACUGGUCCUUGCCGCAUUUGUUCUUGGCCUUGAUAUUUUCGGCAUUUGCCUUUUCUAAUCCCUCACAAAUCUUCUAUCCUCUAAUCAGUAGGCAAAUGGGCAUCAACAAAUUGUACAGUAAAUACAUCCUUAGGCAAUCAUAAGCCGUUGGUUAUGUAGGAUGCAAAAAGAAGACGUUGGCUUGUCCCCCCCCCCUUUACCCCCUGUUUUUCCUUUAAUGUCUACAAAUUUCUUUGAGAAGUCCUGGGCCUGCAGGAAUCACAGCAGAUUGCACUGUUCCAAAGCAGCCUUGAUAAUCAGAAGUCUUUCCAAUUCUUAGAGCAGUUUAGAGUUGUUGGAAGAAUUAGCAAAAUGUGAAAGAAUCUCCGGCCUUAGAAUAUGUUGAAUAAAUACCUGCCAGGACUGUUUGAACUAUAGUAGACCUGCACAAUUUGUGAUCUGCAAAGCCUACUGAAGGAUACGGUAAGUUGAUACCUUCCUCAUUCGCCUGUAUCUUUUCUCAAAAAGUGGGGGAAAGCCCAGGGCUCAGUGGUUAUGCUUUGCUUGUCCCCAAGUUCAGUCUUUGGCAGCUAUUAAUGAAGUGGAUGGGACGCGGGUGGCGCUGUGGGUUAAACCACAGAGCCUAGGACUUGCCGAUCAGAAGGUCGGCGGUUCAAAUCCCCGCGAUGGGGUGAGCUCCCAUUGCUCGGUCCCAGCUCCUGCCAACAUAGCAAUUCGAAAGCACGUCACAGUGCAAGUAGAUAGUGAGGAAAGUCUUCUGGGCUGAGACCCUGGACAGCCACAGUCAUACCUGCCCCAGAAAAAACAGGACAUCCCAUUUUGGUUGCUGUGCUCUCACCCCCAAAAGUACUUUUUUGGGAGAGUGAGGCAUGGGUCACAUGACUCACCCAGGAGUACAUCCCGGAAGAAGCGCGUCACAGUUUUGGGUUUCUAAAAGUUGGACAGCAUGCACUGCCAGCCUGUGUAGACCAGCAUAGGUGAGAUAGGCUGGAAUCAAGACCCUGACUGCACAGGACCAUAGGCAGGGAGCUAUUACCCAUGAGAUUUCAAGCAGUUACCAUGUGUUUCAUAGUCAUGUGCUUGGCCCCAACCCUGAAUGCGAUGGAGACACUUUAUACCUUUGCAGACCAGUGACUCCAUAGCAAUACCAAGAGCACACAUGCAAGCUUGGAGCAAAAAGGCUUAUUUGUUGAAGGCAAAACCUAGAUCCAUUGAAUUCAAUGGAAACUUUGCUGUUGAUCUUAAUAAGAUAUAGAUUGCAUUUGAAGCUGUUUUUAUAGUUGUAUUUUCCAACUUAUAUAGCUUAUAGCAUCUGCUCAAUACUGGUUCAUUUAAAGUGUUUUUAAGAGCUGUGUCCAGUGUUAAUCAUGCUCAGAACAGAUCCAUUGGAAUUAAUGGGCAUGAUUAACCAGCUGGAAGCUUGAGUUCUUCUGGGGCUGUCCUUACAAUACUGCAAAUAAAUACCUAAGCCAGCACAAAAUGCCUGUCAGGCACAGACUUAUAUGAUACCUGGUGGUAAGAGUCAGCAUGGCACAGUGGUUAGAGUGUUGGACUAGGACCUUGGAGACCAGAGUUCAAAUCUCCACUCAGCCAUGAAGUUCGCCUUGGACCAGUCACCAUCUAUCAGUCUAACCUACCUUACUGGGUUGCUGUGAGAGUAAAACAGAGAGCAGGGCAAACCAUGUAUGUCAGAUUGAGCUCCUUGGAGGAAAGGUGGGAUAGAAAUGUAAUAAUAAAAAACUUAUGUCCAUUCAUUUCAGUGGGUCUAUCCAGAGUAGAACUUAGCUAGAUACAAGCCAUAGUCUGUACUUAUACUUUGCUGAUUAGUCAUGUAACUUAUUGUCAUUAUUAAUCAUUAUUAUCAGGACUAAUUGUGGGCCUAAUAAGGGGUAAUUAUCCCCAACUUUAAAGAGUGAAGAGUCAAAGUUAACUUAACUAGGAGAAUAUAAAACUAAAUAAUGAGACAAAAUCUUUUACUACAAGAAUUCAAAGCAAAGGAUUUUAUUCUUUUUUAAAUGUCUACCUAGUUAUAGUUCAAGGGACGCGGGUGGCGCUGUGGUCUAAACCACUGAGCCUUGGGCUUGCCGAUCAGAAGGCCAACCUAGCAGUUCGAAAGCACGUCAAAGUGCAAGUAGAUAAAUAGAUACCGCUUCAACGGUAAGGUAAACGGCGUUUCUGUGUGCUGCUCUGGUUUGCCAGAAGUGGCUUAGUCAUGCUGGCCACAUGACUGAGAAGCUGUCUGCGGACAAACACCAGCUCCCUUGGCCAGUAAAGCGAGAUGAGCGUCGCAACCCCAGAGUCGUCAGGGAUACCUUUACCUUUACCUUUAUUUAUAGUUCUUUUUUUGGGGAGGGGGGACCUCUGCUAUUAUCCUCUGCAAACAAGAAAAGUGGCAAAGUAUUAAGAUUGCAUUGCUAUUAGUCAGCAGUUUUUAGAAGUUCUGGAGCUAUAUGACAUAAAUAUACAUUUCCUCCUUACAGGUUUUCAUUUUUGUCUGGAAAUUGAUGUGCCAUCUUCAGAGUUCUACGAUUUUACUUCUCCUUGUUAUCCUCAUUGUGAAAUCAUCCUGUCUGAAUAUGUAA